UUGUUGUCAUUUUGCUAGUAAAAGAAAGGCUUUUUGCUGUUUAUCAAGGUUUUUAAAUAUUUUUGUACAUUUGUGAUCUAAAAGUCUUCUAAUAAACACUCAAUUUAACGUUAUUCUCAUCACUUCUAAUUCUCAAACUAAUCAGUAUAAGUUCAGACACGUGAAACUUAGGAAAGUGAAAAACAUGUCUCUAGAUACAGUGCCAAAGGAUUUGAGAGGUCUUAGAGCUUGUUUAGUUUGUUCUUUAAUUAAGACUUUUGACCAAUUUGAAUAUGAUGGCUGUGACAACUGUGAUGAGUUUCUGCGAAUGAAGAACAAUAAAGACAAUGUUUAUGACUGCACUAGCAACAAUUUUGACGGGAUGAUAGCUGUAAUGAGCCCUGAAGACAGUUGGGUAUGCAAAUGGCAACGCAUAAGUCGAUUCUGUAAAGGAGUGUAUGCUAUAUCAGUGUCUGGGAGGUUACCAGCAGGAGUCAUAAGGGAAAUGAAGAGCCGUGGUCUUGUUUACCGACCAAGGGAUACAAGCCAACGCUAACUCGAAUAUGAUAUAAUAAUUUAGUAAUUUAAGUCUAUCUAAUAAAUAAUUUCUUAAUA